AUGGAACGCCUAAUAGCAAACGCGUCGAAGCUCAGACCUGAGAUACGCCUUGUGCAGGCACUAGCCAACUUCAAAGCAGUGCUGUCGGCCGAUCGGAGAGCAAGAUUCGACGAAUCCAUCGCAGCCUUCAAAAACCAUCCCCCAGAUGCGAACGAUGUAAAUCGCCUGACCGCUGAAAUCAACCGUGAUAUCCAACAGACAACGAGGCGAUGUUAUGGACCGCGUUUUGUGCACGUCCUACAAGCCGUACAACAGUACGCAUCUAUAGGCGAUGUCUUGAUAGGAGGGUCGCAGAAUCUGGUUGCUUCUGGAGUCUGGGCUGCAGUCAGGCUGACAUUAACGAUGGUGACUCAAAGCGCUUCAUACCUGGAGAAAUUGUCAACGUUGUUCAUGAACGCGGGAAGAAGUGCUCCCCGAUAUCAGGAUAUGGCCUUGCUUUACCCUCGCUCGAAGCGACUACGGAAUGCACUAUGCGAGUAUUUUAUUGUCAUUUUGAAUAUUUGCAAGCAUGCUGUGAAGUUUCUGCAAAAGUCCGCACUAUCGCAGUUCUCAUCCGCUCUAUCGGACUCUCCUUUAGUAUCUUUCGAGAAGGAGCUUCAGCAGUGGUCAAUUGUCAUUGUGGAAGAAGUUGCUUUACUUUCAAGUCAAAGCCUCCAAGAGGAGGCGAAGGAGAGUUCUCGAUUUCGGCAGAUAAUGGUCAAAUUUUCCGAUGCCAGCAAUCAGCGCCAGCAAUUGGCUCUCAAAAUUCGACUCCUUGAUACUUGUACCACAUAUGACUAUCAGACAUCUUGGAAGCAGGCUCGGAAACAGGGAGCAACAACCUGGUUCGCGAGCACAAGUGAGUACCAACAGUGGAAAGAAACGCCUUCCUCGUGUUCUCUGCUGUGCACCGGAAAAUUGGGCUCUGGCAAGACAACAUUGCUGGCGAAUAUGGUUGAUGAUCUAUUUUGCUCUACUCUGAGGGGAACAACUGCGUAUUUUUUCUGUCGAUUCGAUGUCUCUGAGUCUCUGACUGCGAGGGCCAUCAUCGGAUGCCUUGCGCGACAACUGUUAGGGCAACAGCCUAUUGACCUCACGAAAAUGGAUAAUUUCUGCGACAAUUCACUUGCCAGCCCUGAUGAGCAAAUGAUUCUCAAUAUUGUACGAGAGCUGCUUCCUGUGGAUCCAAUUUACAGUUUGAUUGUGGAUGGGCUUGAUGAGUGCCCCGAAACGGAGCGACAAACGACGUUAGAGAUACUCCAGCAGUUGCAAAAGCACUUCAAGGUUCGUAUGUGCCUGUCAUUUAGGCAGGACGCGGGGGAUGAUGCCAAAGUCACAGCUGGCAUUCUUAAUGGGAAGUGGACACUACUUAUCCCCGAGAACAACCCCGACAUCGAGGCUUAUAUUGACGCCGAGCUCCAUGAGCGCCUCGAGUCAGACAGGUUGUGCAUCGGAGAUCCAGCUAUCAUCCUCCCGAUCCAGCAUGCCCUUGUCACCGGGGCCCAAGGAAUGUUUCUCUGGGCCACACUGCUACUCGACUGCAUUUGCAUGGAGCAGACAGAUGAGGCAAUUCUCCAGGCCCUUGAAAGCCUUCCCCAAAGCCUUUCUGAAACAUUUACACGGGUUCUACAGCAAGCCGGUGCCUCAAAUAUCCGCCAUCGCCACAGGUUGGUGCAGUUGGUUAUGGCUGCCCGACGACCCCUAUCAGUGGAGGAACUAUGUGAAGCUCUCGGUGUCAUUCCCGGUGACACGGCAUGGGAGCCUGGGCGACAAAUCAAUAAUAUUCGUGCGGCUCUCGCAAGUUGCAAGUGCCUGAUCAUUACAGACGAAGAGGAGCAGACUGUUCGGUUUGCCCACCAUAGUGUCAAGCAGUUCUUUAUUGCUCAGGGCGAUGAGCCUGAAAAUCCGAAUCCCGUCAACCCAGACGAAGCAAAUAAAGAAAUGGGUCGGGUCAUUCUAACGUACCUCAACUACGGGAUUUUCGACCGUCAAGUAUCUCGCACAGUCUUGCCAAAAAUCCCCGCUGCGGAUGCCCUAGCUCGUAUUGUGAGCACCGUCUUCGCAGAUUCCGUCAACACAAAAAGAAUCGCUCUGGAACUGCUCAAGACACGAAAAAAUGGCAAACACGACAUAGGCCGAACCUUGGCUGAGACGGCCAUGGCGCAGCGAAAAUCUCCAACGGAGACCCAUCCCUUUUUGGCUUAUGCCAAGGACUAUUAUAGGUAUCAUAUUCUCGGGGUUUGGAACUGUGAGGAGGAAAUGGGACGGCUUUGGCAGUGCCUAUUGGAGGGAAAGUCUCUUGACUUCAACUUUCUGAGCGAACACGCUGACAAGAGCCAGCUGCGCAUUACCAGUUGGCUGCAAUAUGAGUUGCAGCGACGGCGAGUGACUGGCCUUGAUGGAGAGUUUGUUCCCUGCGACGUUCUGAGCCAGCUGGUCACAUAUGAUGUUAUCCUCAAAGUCCUUGAGGAAACCGGGUUUUACGGAUAUGGCGCAUCGACAUUCGCAGAUGAUAUCUUCAGUUACGGCCAGCGAUGGUUUGCGAUUCUUGUCGAUAUAGGGAUCAAUGAUUAUAUUGGGGCCCUCUCUCAGUCUUCGAUGAUUCAGUCUCCAAUAAGUGACCGCGAUCUCCCCAUUUCGAGGGUACAAUUUCUCGAGAAAUACAAAUCGACAAUAUCACAGAUCACUGUGUCGUCUGCGGUUCAACCUGGGUCUAACAAGCCGAGCACCUCACGAUCUGUCGGCUCGAUGGAGGCAGAUAGAUGGGAGAAAUCGGCUGAGUUGUUCUGUCUCCGACAGCACCUGUACCUCGUCCCCGUACUUAAAGGGGGUCAACACUAUGACUCAGAGAACGGGAUCAUGCCCUUCUUGCCUAUUGAAAACACAUUCUACAGUUACGAUGACGAAUCCCUAUUUGUUAUUGUCCAUCCUGCACAUUAUGAUUUUCCUCCAACUUACCGCGGUGCGGAAAACGAUGAUUGUAAUUACCAGGUCGCGCUCAGGCCCUGGCACAUGGAUGAGCCUCCGCCUUUUUUGGUAUAUCAUGGACACUCUUGGCGCGUCCCAUGGCAUCUGCUCCAAGCGGUUGCAUCAUAUUGUCCUCGACCCGAGCCGAUCCGUUUGAUUUUCCCCAUACUUGGCCCGAACCUUGAUGACGUUUGGCGGCAAAGCUUGGUUACGGACUCGACUCGACGAUUUCUGAGAUUCUGCCUGUCCCAAAUGACUGGCAUCGCCGCGGCUCUCGCCUAUGUCAUUCCUGCUGCUCUCGCCUAUGUCAUUCAAAAAGAUCCGGAAGAGCGGUAUAUCUCACUAUGCCAGAUUACGCCACGCAGCAUUCAGUGGUGCAGGCACUCACGCUCCACAUUCCAGUGGGGAACCUUGCGGUUAGAUCUACGGACCCUGAUAGCUGAUCAAAGUAGAGUCCCUAGUCGGCAAUCUGAAGAGGCGUAUCGUGCCCCAUAUGAGGCGGAGGGGGAUGAUGCCCCGAAAUAUGACUGUGUCUGGAGCCUGGGAUGCAUAUAUUUUGAAUUCCUUAUUUGGGCUGUGAUGGGAUCGACAAAUCUCCAAAAGUUCCGUGAGGCUAGGGGAGGAGCGAAUGCACCAUUCUAUUCAACAACAUUCUCUGGCCGUUGCCAAGAAUUCAAAUUGUCCCCAGAAGUUAGCCGCUGGGCGGGCAUGCUGCUCAAUGAGCCCGAACUACCGCCGGAGGUUCCUCGUUUCAGCGAAUACUUGCUACAGCAUGUGCUUGUAGUGGACCCAUCAGCCAGGGUAUCGGCUCGUCAGCUCGCGUCUGAUUUGGAAGACCUUCAGAAGCUGCAAGAAGCUGCAAGCAAUGAGCAACUUGGGACUGAGGCUGGUAAAAUUUAG